UCGUCCUCGGCGCACUCGUCGACUCCUCUCUCCGGGCCGCUCGACCCGCGACCGCGGCGAGUCGACCGACGCGCUCCUCCGCUGGACGGACGCCCCUCGCAACGAGGAGUCACCCGCGCCGCGUCGCCCUAGACUCCCGACUCCGGUCCGACCUCGGUCCCCGAGGAUGCGGAGCUGAGACCCGCCUGCCGGCUCCCCGAGAUGUUCUCCUGGACGGCGGAGGUGGACGGGACCGAGGGCCGACGACGCGAACUGCUGGACCGCUCCUUCCGCGAGGAGCAUGGUUAGGUCGAGGGCAGCUCGGGAGGGUCUGUAACCUUUGGACGACGGAUCCCCUGGGAGCGAUUCGUGGAUGAGUCGUCGUUUACCGUUGCUCGCUUACCUGCCUAAUGGUGGAAAAGUGACGCGGCAAGGAAAGGAGAAGCAUCGAGAUGAGCGGCUCUCGGCUGGGAAGAGGUCGCGGUGGCCGCUUGGCCGUGUACGGAGGUUGCGGCGUGGUCGUCGUCCUCCUCGUGUUCCUGUACCGCGCCGCCACCUCGGAGAUGGCCAGGUUAAGGGAGCUCCACGUAGAGUGCGCUCAUCAGCAAGAGGCACUGGCGGCUCAACUUCAAGUGAUCUUCGAAUACAAGGUCCGGCUAGAGAAGUCUCUAGCAGAGGAGAAGAGCUCGAAUGCGGCCGUGAAGCAGGAACUUCAGCAGCGAGCUUCGCGCGAGAAGACGCUGCGCGACAAGGACAGCAUCGAGGCGAUGCAGAGAUUUAACUCGUUACAGCAGACUUAUAAAAUUCUGCAGUCCGAGCAUCAGGAUCUGCAAGACGAGUGUAACAAGAGGCAGAAGCAGGCGCUGGAAAACGCCAAUCUGUUGGAGUCUACGUUACAGGAUCUGAGAAGUCAGAUCAGAAAGGCCAAGGAGGACGAGAACAAAUCCAUGGAGCACCUGAAGAACAAAUACUUGGAACUCGAAACCGAGAAAGCGGGGCUCGAGAAUAAGUAUAACGAACUUUUAAAGAACUCCGAAGGAACCGACGGUACGCUGCAACACCUGCACAAGGAGGUGUUUCAGUUGAAGCGAGAACUCGAGGAAGCCAAGAAUUCCUGCAAGACGCCGUCCCCGGGCCCGAAUGGAGUGAGUCCCCAGGCUCCGCAGCAGGACCACGGGGAACAGCCCGGGUCUCUGGGAGGACCACCUCAGGGGUUGUCUCCGGCUCAACAACAGAGUACUCCGAAUUCUGAGUUAAGGGCAAUGGCAUCUUCAAAGACGAAGUCUUCUACUAAAACCAUCGUAAACUCGAUCACGGUCGCCUCUGAGAAAGCAAAUAAUUUAAGACCGAUAUCUAAAGUAAAAUUGCCCAACGGAGUUGCGCCAAUACCGAAGAUCAUUGAUCUGAAAAACGAGAACGAGGAACGGCAAAGAGAGGAGCCACCGAAAAAAGAAGACGCGGCUCAGAACUCGAAAAAUGUGUACGCGGAAAAUCAUUUCUUAGACACCGAUAACAAGGAUAAAAAUAAACCCGAGGAUAAUGAUCACAUCGAUGCUCCUCCGGCUCCAGCCGCAGGAAAACACGUUGGAGAACAAAUACUUGAAAGAAAUGAAAAUGGCCACUGGUUUAGAGUCCGACCUGGUGUCCAGGAAGUCGGGGAAGAACCGAAUAAUUUAGGAAGAUUGCAAGGAUUCGACGAGGCACGGCAAGAUGGAGCAGACGAUCAAUACGAAGGGGACUAUUACAAAGAACCACAGCCGAAAAAUAAUGACCUGCACAUAAUAGAAGGGGAAGAUGAAGGAGAAGACGAAGACGAUCAGUUGGACUAUCCAAACAAUAAUUUGAAGCCUGAAAAGCGUGACUGAAUAUAGGUAAACAAGUUUGAAUUACCAUGCAAAUUGCUUUAUCAGUGCUUCCAUUGAUGUUGAAGUAACUGUUCAGUAUUGUAUCGUUGGAAGUUACUGCAUUCUAGAGGGGUUUAUCCGAGUGACUUUUUUACCGAUAGGUUCUGAAUCGGAUGCUUGUAGAUUGAUAAUUAACAUCCGGAACGCGCAACCGCAAAGAGCAAAAAAUAUGAAUAAAGAGGAGCAUUUAGAUAUUCGAUGUUUAAAUGUUUAACAUCCAGAGCAUUGUUAUUAUUAGAUAAUUGAAAGGGGAUGCAGGGAGUCAAGUUCACAUAUUUAGCACUUGCAUAUUAAGUGCUCUCGAUCGCCCCCAAAUUCUCGGUUGUUAUUCCGGCUCACGAAGAAACGAAUAAGUAAGAUAAACUGUAUUUUUCUAGAUGACAAGCCGUGACGAUAAUGACAAAUGAUAUUAGUGCGAAAUUUCUUGCGCACCCACGAUUGCAACUUAAAUGCACUGAUUACUUACAAUUAAGCUACUAGACGGUAAUUAUCGUCCAGUACCGUAAUCGUGACAUCUAACUGUGUAUACAGUCGCAUGAGAAUGUUAAAUGGCGGCGUCGAGCAGGUUUUGAAUGUUUUGCGUGAAUUCUCCAGAAAAUUCGUUUAAUCGAGGGCAAUUCUGCGAAUCCAAUUUCUUAAUUUAACGGAAAUGCUCUAUUUUGACAUUCACCGAUAUAAAAGAAAUGAUUACGAGUGAAAUAUUUUUCACACCGUUUACUAUUAAAUUUAAACGUUUGAAUGUAUUUUAAAUUGGAGCAAUCACCUCGCGAAAUGCGACAGAGCUAUGGAACGUACGUUGCCGUUACUCAAUUUGACAUUUAAGCUCGACUUCCGACAAGGUUGUGUACAAAGCGGUCAAUCCUUAAAAACCAGCUCAGAAGCAUACUCCUACCAGGAGUAUCGGAAAGCAGCUAUUGUACAAUAUUUCUAUCGCGUUACGUUACAUUCAGUUUCGUGUAGCGAUAAUUAUUGACUUGUAAAGUGGUUUUGUAAGUCGUGCAACAAUCAGAACUUAAAAUAUAAUUAAGAAGUUUCUUACAGACGUCGUGUAGUGUUUGUUACAAGCGUAGAUGUACGGAAGAACGGAUAAUAACGGCGAUGCAAUUGUACAUAAAAGUUUUUUUCAUAAUAAAACGCGUAAAAUGUCA